GCACCACAACGAACGACAAAUCACAGCCAGAUUCACAACCACAUCCACAACCACAUCCACAUCCACAACCACAGCCAGAUUCAGAUUCAGAUUCAGAUUCAGACCCACAGACACAGACAUCGACGCAGACUUGGAGCCACAAGCAGCGAUGAUGGGCAACCGAGCGGAGGGGAACGGACGACUGGGCAUCCUCCUGCUGCUGGGAGUGCUGGUGGUGCUCAUGGCACUGCCACCACCCACCGCGGGCACCACCGACUGGAUGCAGAGCUGCGGCACCUGCCACUGCCAGUGGAACUCGGGCAAGAAGAGCGCCGACUGCAAGAACAAGGCGCUCACCAAGAUACCGCAGGACAUGAGCAACGAGAUGCAGGUGCUGGACUUUGCCCACAACCAAAUACCCGAGCUGCGGCGCGAGGAGUUCCUACUGGCCGGGCUGCCCAAUGUGCACAAGAUCUUUCUGCGCAACUGCACCAUCCAGGAGGUGCAUCGCGAGGCGUUCAAGGGACUGCACAUCCUCAUCGAGCUGGACAUGUCGGGCAAUCGCAUACGGGAACUGCAUCCGGGCACGUUCGCCGGCCUGGAGAAGCUGCGCAACGUGAUCAUCAACAACAACGAGAUCGAGGUGCUGCCCAACCAUCUGUUCGUCAACCUGAGCUACCUGUCGCGCAUCGAGUUCCGCAACAAUCGCUUGCGACAGGUGCAGCUGCACGUCUUCGCCGGAACGAUGGCGCUGAGCGCCAUUUCGCUGGAGCAGAAUCGCCUCUCGCAUCUGCACAAGGAGACUUUCAAGGAUCUGCAGAAGCUGAUGCAUCUGUCGCUGCAGGGCAACGCUUGGAACUGCAGCUGCGAGCUGCAGGACUUUCGCGACUUUGCGAUCAGCAAGCGACUAUAUACGCCGCCCACCGACUGCCAGGAGCCGCCCCAGCUGCGCGGCAAACUGUGGAGCGAGGUGCCAUCGGAGAACUUCGCCUGCCGGCCGCGCAUCCUCGGCUCCGUGCGCUCCUUCAUCGAGGCGAAUCACGACAACAUCUCGCUGCCCUGCCGCAUCGUCGGCAGUCCGCGUCCCAAUGUCACCUGGGUGUACAACAAGCGGCCAUUGCAGCAAUACGAUCCCCGGGUGCGCGUCCUCACCUCUGUGGAGCAGCUGCCGGAGCAGACCACCCAGGUGCUCACCUCGGAGCUGCGCAUUGUCGGCCUGAGGGCCUCCGACAAGGGCGCCUACACCUGUGUGGCAGAUAACCGUGGCGGACGUGCGGAGGCCGAGUUCCAGCUGCUUGUGAGCGGCGACUAUGCCGGCGCCGUUUCCGCCUCCGAUGGCAUGGGCAUGGGCGCCAUUGGAGCACCAACCCUGGAUCCGCAGACGAACAUGUUCCUCAUCAUCUGCCUGAUCAUCACCACGCUGCUGCUGCUGGUGCUCGUGGCGGUGCUGACGCUCUUCUGGUACUGCCGUCGCAUCAAGACCUACCAGAAGGACACCACCAUGAUGAGCGGCGACGGCCUGAUCUCCUCCAAGAUGGACAAGACGCACAACGGCUCCAUGCUCGAGGGCUCCGUCAUCAUGGAGAUGCAGAAGAGCCUCCUCAACGAGGUCAAUCCCGUCGAGAAGCCACCGCGCCGCACCGACAUCGAGAGCGUGGAUGGUGGCGACGACGUGCUCGAGAUCAAGAAGACGCUGCUCGACGACACCGUUUAUGUGGCCAAUCACUCGCGCGAUGAGGAGGCCGUCUCAGUGGCCAUGUCGGAUACGACGACCACGCCCCGAUCUCGACACACCUACGUGGAUGAUGCGUACGCAAACAGCUUGCCACCGGAUCUGCUGGCCUUUCCCGCCCGCGUGCCGCCCACCUCGCCCUCGAUGCAGUCCUCGCAGUCGAACAUCCCCGACCAGGUGAUCUACGGCAUCCGCUCGCCGCCGUCGCUGACCAGUCCGGUCUACACGCACAUGACGCCGCACGGCAUCUACGGCACCAAGACGAUGACGGCACCGCACAACGGCUUCAUGACGCUGCAGCAUCCCAAGUCGCGCAACCUGGCGCUCAUCGCCACCGCCAACAGCAGUCGCCAGCACCAGCAUCAGCAUCACCACCAACUGCAGCAGCAUCAGCAGCAGCAGCAGCAACAGCAGCAGCAGCAGCAACAUCCGCUGGCCAGCACAUCGCCCUUCCUGCCCGCACCGGUCGUCUACUCGCCGGCCACGGGCGUGGUCAUGAAGCAGGGAUACAUGACCAUUCCGCGCAAGCCGCGCGCCCCCAGCUGGGCGCCCAGUACGUCCGGCGCCGCUGGCCACGGAACCAUUCAGCUAAGUGAGUUCCAGAGCCCCACAUCGCCGAAUCCCAGCGAGACGGGCACAGCCACCACAGCGGAACUGCAGGCGGAGCCCGUGUACGAUAACUUGGGACUGCGCACCACCGCCGGCGGCAACUCCACCCUCAAUCUGACCAAGAUCGCCGGCUCGCAGGCCGCUGGUCAGCAGUACUCGAUGCGGGACCGGCCACUUCCGGCUACGCCCAGCCUCACAUCGGUGUCCUCGGCGACCAAUGCCAGCAAGAUUUACGAGCCCAUACACGAGCUGAUUCAGCAGCAACAGCAGUUGCAACAGCAUCAGCAGCAGCAGCAGCAGCAGCAGCGACUGGGCUCCAUGGACACGGAACCCCUGUACGGAGUUCGGCAACAGGGGAUCACGAUACUGCCCGGCUCCAGCAUUAGUGGGGCCGGACUGGGCCACGCCGCCUACCUUUCACCCGGCUCGGGUGCUGCCGUCUCGCCGAGUCACGCCAGCAGCAGCGGCGACUCCCCGAAGGCCGCCAAGAUCCCACCACGCCCACCACCGAAGCCCAAGAAGAAGAUGUCCGUGACGACGACGCGCAGCGGCCAGGGCAGCACCAGCCAGCUCUUCGACGACGAGGGCGAGGAUGGCACCGAGGUCUAGUUUGGCACCCACGGCGAUCCCCAUCGUCGCACCCAGCUGGCGAUGUGAUGCACAAUAACCAAUUGAAUCGAGAUGCGAUGGAAUGGAAUGUCGCUGCUGACAGCGAGCAGCAGUAGAUGCGGAUCGAGGCAUGGGGAAUCCAUGGCGGGCUAAAAGCUGGAGCUGAUAACUUUAUUGCGUAGAGGGAAGCGUUGCAGCCCCCAGUAGACAACAAAAUACAACAUCAACAUCAACAUCAACAUCAACAUGAACAUCAACAUCCGCUGUUGCGGCUUGUAAAAAUAGCCGGCGGAAGGAUUCUGUUCCGUGGUUCACGCCACUGCGUGACUUGUGUGCCAAACGACUGAUGUAGGUUUUAGUAAUUAAAUCGAUGAACAUGCAACACAACAGGCAAGAAAGGCAAAUGCGACGAGCAAUAUGUAAUCGUCAGCGAGCUAGAUGAUGGUUACAUGGUUGAAAAGCAAAUAGACAGAGACUCAAAUCCGUUAGGGCGAUGAAGUCGCACUUAGAAGCAUCAAAUCCCAAAUUCGUAUAGGCGGAUUAUACGUAAAACCCAAUUUUAAAACCACCUUUUUUUGUGUAGACUAUAGCUAGUUCGGUACAAAAUGCAUUAUUCGUAUAUAAAGAGACAUACAUAUAUAUACACACCACACACAAUUUUAAACUUAUAUGAACCCUAGAACAAGAAAUAUCCUAUUAUGAACAAGUAUACAUAAAGAACUUUCAAAUCAACGACAGUUUGUUUAAGCGCAAUGAAGAGGAAUAAAACACUUAAUUUUUUCCAAAUUUUUUAAAAUUGUAAAUGUAAAGGCAUACAGUUAAUCGCAUUAGGCUACCAUAUAUAGAUACAUAUAUAUAUAUAUAUAUAUAUUAAUGAUAUAUACUUAUAUUAGUGUAAGGAACCACUUGCAUCCUUAAUUUUUUUUUUAGUUUUACGAAAGCCACCACGCGAUUCGGGAAUUAAACUACAUGAAAGUAUAUUUAUAGCGGGUAAGUUUGUUAAGUGCGUUUAGCGGUAGGAUAAAGAGUUUGCAUUCGCAAUUAAAACAAUGAAUUGAAACUUCUAUGUAUACAUAUAGUCUAGAGGGAGGGCGCGCAGCUAUAAUUACGAUUGUACUAGUUAUAAAGACAUAUUAAAUAAAUUUGUAUGUACAUGGA